AUGGGAAGACAGAAUAAGAGUACAAAUGCGACAUCUCAAGGUAAACAACACUUUAGCCAUCCUCACAUUUUGAAACCAAUUGUGAAUCCACCUGAAACACUCACUUGCAAUGCCUGUGAGCAACCAAAUAACAAUAAGCCUAAUUUUCAUGGAUGCAACAGUUGCCAGUAUUUCCUCCACGAUAAUUGCUUCAAUGCUCCGCGUUUUCUCAAUCACUCGUCUCAUCCUUCCCACCCCUUGACCCUUCACCAAAUUCCGUCUUACUCGAGUCGUUCCUAUACUUGCAAGGCUUGUGGCUCUGCUGGUAAUGGAUUUUGCUUUAGCUGUGCUGCUUGUGAAUUUGAUAUUCACUUGCACUGUGCGUCCAGUCCUAGCUCCAUACUUGUUAAUAACCACCCGCAUCAAUUGGAGCUCCACUUCGGUUCUCCAUACGAAGAUAAGAAUAGCAAAUACAAUUGUGAUAUGUGCAAGGUGAUAAUGAACAAGGACGAUUGGUUGUACUACUGUGCUGGGUGUGAUUUCGGGUCACACUUGCGGUGUGCGAUAACUAAUCCUGAAGUCGGUGUUUUCCCCAAACAGCACCGUCCAAUUCCAAAUUCAAAUUCAAAUCCAAAUCCAAGUCAGAAUUCAAAUUCAAAUUUAAAUCCAAAUGCGGCGGUGGAAAUGAUUAAUUCAGUGAAUGCUGCUCAUGAGCAGCUUAUAGCAGCUCAAAUUCGCGCUCAGUUUGUGGCACGAGGACAAGAGGCUGCUCUGGACUUAAUUUAG